AAAAUAUUCUUUUCUAAAAAGAAAAUCCUUGAAGCAACCCUUGGUAGCCCCUUCUUGGCCUGGCCGCCCAUAUAUAUAUAGAACAGCCAUCUCCAUCAUCAACAGGCACGUUCCUUUCCUCCGAGUUGCUCUAUGUACAACGCAGCAUCUUCCUCAUAAACCCGACAAGAAGCCCCGGACACAGUCACAAUGGUUUCUCAUCAGGUUUGUUGCAAAAACUAUGCAAUAAUUAUAUGCCUUCUUGUUCUGCUGCCAACCACAGUGUUAGGGAACUCGACAUGUGAAGAUGAAGGCGGACAAAAGCAUAACAAACAUGAGGCGCUUAAAUUUAAACUCAUUGCUAUAGCUACGAUCCUGGUUGCUGGGGGGAUAGGAGUGAGCCUUCCGCAGCUUGGGAAGAAAGUCAGUGCACUGAAUCCAGAGAAUGAUAUCUUCUUCAUGAUCAAGGCUUUUGCAGCUGGCGUGAUUCUGGCCACCGGAUUCGUUCACAUACUACCAGAAGCAUUCAGCACUCUGACAUCACCGUGUAUUCAGAACACGUGGAAAAAAUUCCCAUUUGCAGGGUUCGUUGCAAUGAUGUCUUCAAUUGGAACACUAAUUGUAGACACGGUGGCAGCUGGUUACUACAGAAGGUCACACUUUGAAAAAGACAAGCAAGCCAUUGUGGAUGAAGAAAUGGUUCAAGAUAAUGAGCAAGAGGGUCAUGUACAUGUUCAUACUCAUUCUUCUCAAGGGCAUGCUCAUGGCUCUGCAUUGCUUUCUCAAGAUGAGCAACGUAAGUUGAGUGAUCUUACAAGGCAUCGAAUCAUAUCUCAAGUUCUGGAAUUAGGGAUAAUUGUUCAUUCAAUAAUCAUUGGAGUCACCUUGGGAGCUUCUGAAAGCCCAGACACAAUCAAGACUCUCCUUGCAGCACUGUCUUUCCAUCAAUUUUUUGAGGGCCUGGGACUUGGGGGCUGCAUCUCGCAGGCCAAAUUCAAAUCUCUGCACUCAACAAUAAUGACUGUAUUCUUCUCCCUCACCACUCCCAUGGGAAUCGCUAUUGGCAUUGGAAUAUCUAACGUAUACAGUGAAAAUACCCCCACUGCUUUAAUUGUCCAAGGGAUAUUCAAUUCUGCUUCUGCCGGAAUACUAAUUUAUAUGGCCCUUGUGGACCUACUAGCAGCAGAUUUCAUGGAUCAAAGGAUGCAAAGCAAUGCAAGGCUUCAAGUAGCAGCUAACAUUUCACUACUUCUAGGAGCUGCUAGUAUGUCUGUAUUGGCCAUAUGGGCUUGAACCUUAUGAGCGGAUGUAGCCAUUUCUUAGAAAAUGAAAAAUGUAUUACGGUCUAGGAUUCCAUCAAUCAAUUUCUAGCCAUACACAAAACCAAAUAUGCAUUCUAAGUGAAACUAUAAGACU